AAACCCUAAUCUCUCUCUGUCUCUAUCUCGAUCUCUCUUUGAGAUCUGCAUUCGUGUUUCCUUUCACCUCUCGAAAGUCUCUCGUUAUUCAGAUGUACUUCUUGUCAUCAUCAUACCAAAAUGCAGGUAUUGAGUUGGUUUUAUUUUAUAAAUGGACUGUAAGAAGUUCAUCCAAUUGGUUGAGGAGAAGAAGAAGAGAGCUUUGGAGAAGAAAGAAGCCCCUUUGAAAUGGGAGCAGAAGCUAGAAGCUGCCGCAAAGGCGAGGCUGGAUGCUGAGGCCAAAGAGAAGAGAACAAAGAGGGCGAAGCACAAAAGGUACCAGUCUGAUACUGAUAGUGAGAGUGACAGUACGGAUGGAGGGAUUAAAAGGAGAAGAAGAUCCCAUAAAAAGCAUAGGAAGAAUGCCCACUCUGAUUCAGGUGACCAUGAGAGGAAAAAGGAGAAGUCAAAGAAAAAGACGAAGAGACAUUCACCAGGUUUUAGUGAUGACAGCAGUGAUGAAUAUGAUAGUAGCUCUGAAGAAGAGAGGAGAAAAAGGCAAAGUUCCCGAAAAUGGAAGCAUCAUGAUUCGAGAUCAGAUUCAGAAUCUAUUGUUUCUUCAGAUGAUGAUGAUAAUAAGAUAGUCAGAAGACGACACGUGAAGCACAACAAACGCCGUCGGGGUUCAUUGUCUAGUACUUCAGAUUCUUCAAGUGAUGAAAAUGAUAGUAGAAAUCGAAAGAGAAGCUACAGAAGACACCACAAACGCCAUCAUCGGGCAGAGUCUAGUGCUUCAGAGUCUUCAAGUGGUGAAGCUGUUCAUGCACCGAGAAGGCAAAGCCAUGCAAACCACAAUAAGCAUCAACGAAAAUCAAAUAGUGUUGUCUCAGGUUCCCUAGAUUCUAAUGACGAGAGACCUUGUCAAAGAGGCCGAUCAAUAGGUAACUCAUCUGACGAUACUCACGAGUCAAGGCACAAUAAAAGUGGUCAGCAUCACCCCCCUCACUGUCAUCGACCACAGUCUGAAGUAGGGGAAAAUAUGCAUCAACAGACAGAAGUGAAGAAUCAUCUGUUUGAGAAUCCAGUUGAACCUAAUGGAAAGCAUCGUGAAGAUCACUUUUAGAACCUCUCCCCCCCCCCC